CCUGCUUCUCCUCGGGUCACGUGUGGCAGGAAGUGGCGCCUGCCGCGGCGUUUUCGGGAUGGGGACCUCCCUGGACAUUAAGAUUAAAAGAGCGAACAAGGUGUAUCACGCCGGGGAGAUGCUCUCGGGCGUGGUGGUCGUCAGUGGGAAGGACCCCGUGCAGCACCAGGGCCUCUCCCUGACCGUGGAAGGCACCGUGAACCUCCAGCUCAGCGCCAAGAGUGUGGGUGUGUUCGAAGCUUUCUACAACUCCGUGAAGCCGAUCCAGAUCAUCAACAGCACCAUCGAGAUGGUGAAGCCCGGGAGGUUCCCCAGCGGCAAGACCGAGAUUCCUUUUGAGUUUCCUCUGCACGUGAAGGGGAACAGAGUUCUGUAUGAGACCUACCACGGCGUGUUCGUCAACAUUCAGUACACCCUGCGCUGUGACAUGAAGCGCUCGCUGUUGGCUAAAGACCUGACCAAGACCUGCGAGUUCAUCGUGCACUCUGCGCCUCAGAAGGGGAAACUGACUGCGAGUCCCGUGGACUUCACCAUCACGCCCGAAACCUUACAGAACGUCAAAGAGAGAGCCUUGCUCCCCAAGUUCCUGGUCCGCGGACACCUGAACUCGACCAACUGCGUCAUCACACAGCCGCUCACGGGCGAGCUGGUGGUGGAGAGCUCGGAGGCCGCCGUCCGCAGCGUCGAGCUGCAGCUGGUGCGCGUGGAGACCUGUGGCUGUGCCGAAGGCUAUGCCCGGGACGCCACGGAGAUUCAGAACAUUCAGAUCGCCGACGGGGACGUCUGCCGGGGCCUCUCGGUGCCCAUAUACAUGGUCUUCCCGCGGCUGUUCACCUGCCCCACGCUGGAGACCACCAACUUCAAAGUGGAAUUUGAGGUGAACGUCGUGGUGCUGCUUCAGGGCGACCACCUCAUCACCGAGAACUUCCCGCUGAAGCUCUGCCGGAUGUAGCCGGAGGGAGCGGCCCAGCUGCAGCGCGGGGACCAACGGAGCCGGAGCCGGAGCCGGAGCCGCCGCUGAUCCUGUGCAGAUGUGGACCUGACCCCCCGGUCCCGGUCACCUCCUUCCUCGUGUCCUCCGCGCGCCUGCUCCCAGCGGCGCCGGGUCAGGCCUUUCCUUGGAAAGCCAUCGGGAUUCUCUGUUCUUGGCGAGAUCAUUUCCUAGGACUCCGACGUCCGGCUGCUCAGGAGGGACUGAGGACAAGUCUGCCCGGUGUGAGCUUCCCUGGGGUCGGGUCCUGGGGACCUCAGCGGCCAGGCCUGGCUGACCGGGCCGCGACCCCAGAGCCCCUGCCGACGGACAGGGAUGGGGUGGGGGGCGGGAGUGGGGGGAGCUC